AUGGGGUGGGGACAUUCACCACAGCUAAUAUAUGUUGUUCUACGGGGUUCUCCAUACUUUAUAUAUACCACUUCAUCAAAACCAACUUUCAACCAAAAUUCAAGUCUUGAUAAUUAG